AUUUCUGGAAUCUUAUUUACCAUUCCAUCGGAAAAGGACCCAGAUAUAUUUUUUAUUUAUUCUUUGAUUCAACAACAUUUUCCAGAGUGGAAAUAUUUACUGACAUGGGGAUUUAAAUGUUCAGUAGUACCUUUGGCCUGUAUAACAACAAUGUCACCAGCACAUUACCUUAUUUACGGGUUAGUACACUUUAAAUUGCAAGAAAACGUACUGCUGCACAACAUAGAAAACAUUAACGGAAAUUACGACAACGAUGAAUUUCUGGACCCGGAAUCGCAGAACGUCAUCAACGAAAGGUUGCUGUCCUGUUUGAAGCAUCACAUCAAAAUUUCCAGAGCUACUAGAACAGUUCUAAGAAAAACCAAAUAUUUGGUGCUUCCUUUAGUACUCGAAGGAUGUCUUAUGUUUAUAAAUAUUGUGAUCCACGUGUUUACGGUGGACGAAAUUCAAUCGCAAUUGUGGUGCUGGCAGUUGUUGUUGCUUACAUUGUGUUCGUUUUUCACGUUAGGUGGACUUAGUGCUUAUGGUCAGAAAAUUGAAGAUGCGGUUAGGUGA